AUGCUAGUUGGAAAGGAUGCACUAGUUGGUGAUGUUCCAGAAUUGAUCAAAUUAUCUCUGUUCAAAGCUUCAGGUUCCGAAGAUGAUGAAGGUUCUAAUUUUGAGUCCUUGGUUUCUUCUCAUUCCUCUGGUUUCGGGAAUGAUAUGGUAUUGGACAACAACGAAGAGAACAAUGACUUCAUUUUCAGUGGAAUUAAGGAAGAAAAUACACAUAGACUAAGUUUUAAUAACUACUUAGACAUUCUGCAAUUUUAUGAUGAUGGAGAGAAGAUUCAUAAAAAGGAUUUGAAGAGGGAGAAGCGAAAAAUCUUGAGAUAUAAGCCUGGAGCAUGGAUUGAGAAGGUUGGUGGCUUAGAGAAAAGUGAUUAUGAUGUACCAAAGACAACAUGCCUGUUAAUGGUUGGGCCAAGUGGAUCGGAUAACUCAUUUACAGAGAAUGGAACAUACUUCCUCCAGGAGUAUAUGAUGCCGAGAUAUUCAAAUUCUUUCUGUUUAUAUGAUACACGUGGUUUGUCAGAUAACUUGGACAGAUAUGACAAUAUUAGAAUGUUGGAGGAUUGGAUGACAGAAGGUGUUCGCCAUGGAGAGCUUGUUCUCAGGGAAACAGAUAAUGAGAGAUUGAGGAAAAGUUUGGAAAGUAAAGUUCACAAGAAAGAUCACUCCAGUCAGACCAGAAAAGUUAAUUUUGUAAUAUAUGUUGUUAAUGCUCUUCUGGUUGUGAAUGCAAUGAACGAUUCUAGUGACUCAGAGACAGAUUAUAUUGAAACAAUUGUUUCUACUUUCAAUUACCCAUCCCUAUCAUUUAAAGAUGACAAACCGGUACUUGUUUUCACUCAUGGGGAUCUCCUUUCACGCACUGAGCGUGCUCAUGUUCGUGGACGUCUGGGAAAGUUAUUAGGAAUUCCACCCACCAAGCAAAUUUUUGACAUCCCAAAUUCUGAUUGUCCAGCAACUGAGUCUGCCAUAAUUGGAAUGCUACGAUAUAGUCUUGCCCAUGCAGACAGAAAUCUUCCUCAGAAAUGCAAGGUCCUUGGGUAUAAGGUUCAUAAAUUUUUUUCACCAGUAUACAUGAUUUUCCUGAUUCUGGGGAUAGGAGUUGCAAUUGGUAUGGGACAAAGAGCAGAAGUACACGUUCCAUUUUCAAAAACAAAAUUUCUCAAUAAUAAUAGUGGCAUAUUCCAAAUAUGA